UUGGCAGCUCUCAUGGGAGCCAGAACAGAACACCACCAUGAGCUCUAGGGUCCCAACACUGAGAGCCCUCCUGGUCCUCUUGGGUGUUGGAGGAGCUCAAGUGCUGGCAAAGGACAAGUCUGCUGGGACUGAGAUUGAUUUCAAAUACGCCCUCAUUGGUAUGGCCGUGGGAGUCGCCAUAUCUGCAGGUUUCCUUGCCCUGAAGAUCUGCGUGAUCCGGAGACAUUUGUCUGAUAGUGAUUCUGCAGAUGUGAAGAACACGCCCCAGGACCCCAUGUUGCAGAAGAAGAGAAACCCCAGGAAGAGAAGCCCCAGAGAUGCCCAGGUGAUUGAGCUGUGAGUGGCCAGCUGCAUCGCGAGAGGCUUUAGGUGUUUUGGGUCUGAACACCCGAGGCUGGUGAUGGAUCAUUACAUGGUCAGGUACUCAAAGGACUACAAUCAACAGCACCUCUGUCCUGAGGGACGAGAUCACUCCUGUUCUGCAGGAGUGUCCGUACUGGGGGAGAACAUGACUUGGCAGCAGGGAACAAAGAAACCCCAAAUCCAUAGUUCCCAUCCUACGUGCUUGUGUGGGAGCUGUGCAAUCUUGUACAACAGCAUUGUGUCCACAUCAGUGGAGAACCAUCCCACACAGAUCGCGGAAAUGGGAACCAAGCCGAGACAGUUUCCUCAGCACCAUGGGGUUAUAACUGUCUAGACUCAGGCCUUGCAGUCUUAGCAGACAGGAGACUCCCACUUCUAAGACAAACCUAGUAAGCCUUCGGGGGAGCAUGGAACUGAUAAGCCAGUGUCCAGUGCUAUCAGUGAAAGGCUGACCUUGUAAGGGAGGAGAGGACAAGCCAGGCCGGAGUGAGAGGAAGAAAAUCAACAGCCCUGGGAAAGGCCUUGGACCUGAAGUGCUGUAAAUGAAUGGGGGUGUGGUCAAGAGCAAGCUGGCCUGGUGCCUCACAGAGAGCACAAGAAUGCAGGCUGGCAUUGUGGCCUUCAUAGCGUGGUUUUGUGGUGCUCAUUACAGCGUACACAGGGCUUGCAGGAAAGGCCUUGAGAAACAAACCCUGGUCGUGCUACUCUUCCCGAUACAAGAUCGGGACACGGGCUCUGUGAAUAUUCCUGCGCUGCAAUUAUUUCUGGUUUGGGAGACUCUACUUUUCCAUUCCUCGAGGAGACAGGUGGCCGUGUGGACUGGGUCUGCUCAGAUGGGGUUCCCUCCAUCAUGCUAUGCUGGAAGACAAGCUAGCUUUUCAGAACCAAGUGCCACAUUAUAAUAAUGUCUGGAGUCCCAGGGCGUCUUUGUCUGACUUGACAACAGUGCGACUCAUUAGCAGCUUUUGCUAACUGAUCACCUCAAGCAUUUACAUGCUACUCAUAAGCAUUCUUCCGUGUUUGCGAUAGAAUAAAUCAUCGUGUAUGGGAGCUGGUAAUUGAUUUGCUUCUUUUAGCAGCAUUUUAAUUAAAACAUCUGGUUUGUGAACGGCAGAAUCACUUGUGAGCGAAGGUGAAUGGCUUUGGAUUCUCAGUCCUUGUUUCAUGUUUUCUACACACGCCAUGGGGUCUUCCCUACCACUGCACCUCGUGACAUGUUUUUCACACAUGGGUUUGCUUUGUCUCCUUGCCCCACAUAGAAUUUAGCAAACAGUAGCACAGUCAUGUGACACUCGAUUAUGGGGAAACUCUGAGGAAGACACCCCUCCAUGCUUCCAGCCUUGGGUGGGCACCACACAGCGUGCUUUGCGUGAGGCAGAUUUAGAUGGCUGUAAGGUAGUUAGAUGAUGCGGCCUUAUGGUACACUGUCACACAUGCAGGCCGUUCUUAAUGGAAGUGCCAUUGCUCUGUUCUUAUCUGACCAACAGCAUGUCCCCAGGGGGCAAGGGACCAUGUCAGGGAUGGGGGAACCAUUGGCCAUGAUACCUCUCUGGCUUUCUCCACAAACCCCAAUUCAAUGGCUUCCGUCUGGAAGUUCUAGCUUUAUUGGGAAACUCUCAGGCCCUUCUUGAGAGCAGCUUCCAGAGAUGCGACUCUAAAGGACAAUACCUCUUGACUGUCCUCAUCUCAGGAGCAGCUUCCAGGGAGGACGGUAGUUCUUGGAGGUAUUGGGGACAACCACAAUGAGUUACUGUGCUGAGACAGUGUCUUGGAUAGGGGCAUUCAGACCUGGUUGUCUCAUCCCCCCAUUUGGGGACAUUGUAGCAGAGGCAAGUUAGGUGAGGUGAACCUUACUUUCCUGGCCUCCGAGACCAUGAAUCCCCCAAAGCACUUGUAGUCUCACAGGAUGGAGAGCACCACACUUAAAGAUCAGGGGCAAGUGAUGCUCAGUCUAGCUGUGGUGUGGAACCUGUAGGACUUGGUACCUGGAGGAAGA